GAGACGCCGAGACAGUAAGCAGCAUGAACAUGUUCUCCUGUUGGACUUCUGCAUCUGACGAUGACGAGCCGCACAGGCGGGUAAACGAACCGGAGAAGAAGGUAAAGAAGAGAAAAUGGUGGCAGAGACGCCAGAAGGUGGAGAUGCAGGACGUGGAGGGUGGGGAGGGAAGCGGGGUAAAGGGUGAAGAGAUGGGGCAAGGAGUGGAGCAGAAUGUUUUAGAGGACCAGGCAGACCAAAUACCAAAGAUGGAGAAGCAGGUAAAGAAGAGAAAAUGGUGGCAGAGACGCCAGAAGGUAGAGAUGCAGGUGGCCUCACGGGACCUGGUGGAAGAACCAGAGCAGGUCGUCCUAAAGGACCAGAGGAGGGAACCAGUAAACAAGGUGGUUCUGUUUUCUGAGAUUGAGAUGAAGAAGUUAGAGCAGGUGGACCCAGUGGAGCAGGUGGACCAAGUGGAAAAAACAGACCAGGUCGUGAAGAAGGCCGAAAGGCAGGUGGACCCAGUGGAAAAACCAGACCAAGUCGUGAAGAAGGCCGAAAGGCAGGUGGACCCAGUGGUAAAACCAGACCAGGUUGUGAAGAAGGUAGAGAGGCAGAUGGCCCCAGAGGAAAAACCAGACCAGGUUGUGAAGAAGGUAGAGAGGCAGGUGGACCCAGAGGAAAAACCAGACCAGGUUGUGAAGAAGGUAGAGAGGCAGAUGGCCCCGCUGAACCUGGUUGAAGAACCAGAGCAGGUCAUCCUAAUAAACCAGUGGAAGGAACAUGUAAAAAAUAGGGUUCAUUUCAUUGAGAAUGAGAUAAAAAAGGCCGAAAGGCAGGUGGACCCAGUGGUAAAACCAGACCAGGUUGUGAAGAAGGUAGAGAGGCAAAUGGCCCCAGAGGAAAAACCAGACCAGGUUGUGAAGAAGGUAGAGAGGCAGGUGGACCCAGAGGAAAAACCAGACCAGGUUGUGAAGAAGGUAGAGAGGCAGAUGGCCCCGCUGAACCUGGUUGAAGAACCAGAGCAGGUCAUCCUAAUAAACCAGUGGAAGGAACAUGUAAAAAAUAGGGUUCAUUUCAUUGAGAAUGAGAUAAAAAAGGCCGAGAGGCAGGUGGACCCAGAGGAAAAACCAGACCAGGUUAUGAAGAAGGCCGAGAGGCAGGUGGACCCAGAGGAAAAACCAGACCAGGUUGUGAAGAAGGCCGAGAGGCAGGUGGACCCAGAGGAAAAACCAGACCAGGUCGUGAAGAAGGCCGAGAGGCAGGUGGAUCCAGAGGAAAAACCAGACCAGGUUGUGAAGAAGGUAGAGAGGCAGAUGGCCCCAGAGGAAAAACCAGACCAGGUUGUGAAGAAGGUAGAGAGGCAGAUGGCCCCAGAGGAAAAACCAGACCAGGUUGUGAAGAAGGUAGAGAGGCAGAUGGCCCCGCUGAACCUGGUGGAAGAACCAGAGCAGGUCAUCCUAAUAAACCAGUGGAAGGAACAUGUAAAAAAUAGAGUUUGUUUCUUUGAGAAUGAGAUAAAAAAGGCAGAGAGGCAGGUGGACCCAGAGGAAAAACCAGACCAGGUUGUGAAGAAGGCCGAGAGGCAGGUGGACCCAGAGGAAAAACCAGACCAGGUCGUGAAGAAGGCCGAGAGGCAAGUGGACCCAGAGGAAAAACCAGACCAGGUCGUGAAGAAGGCCGAGAGGCAGGUGGACCCAGAGGAAAAACCAGACCAGGUUGUGAAGAAGGUAGAGAGGCAGAUGGCCCAGCUGAACCUGGUGGAAGAGCCAGAGCAGGUCAUCCUAAUAAACCAGUGGAAGGAACAUGUAAAAAAUAGGGUUCGUUUCAUUGAGAAUGAGAUAAAGAAGGCCGAGAGGCAGGUGGACCCAGUGGAAAAAACAGACCAGGUUGUGAAGAAGGUAGAGAGGCAGGUGGACCCAGUGGACACAGUGUUAAAACCAAAGCAGGUAGGAAAGAACCAGAUUGAAAUAAAGAAGCCAAAUUUAGAGAAGAAAAUGGUCCUCAAAAACCUGGAGAGGAUGGAGAACAAAAGGCUGGAGAAGCAGGUGCUUCAGAUGGACCAGAUGACAAAGGUAGAAGAACGAGUGGAUCAGGUAGUUUUGAAGACUAAGGUUAAUAAACCUGAGGAGCAGGUGUGUCUACAGGACAGGCAGGUGGUUCUAGUGAACCGGGUGAAGGAACCAGACAGGGAUGAAGCACCUGAGCACCAGUGGACAGAACUGGAGGAGCCAGCAGCUUUGGAGCACCAAACAUGGAAACUGAAGGAGCAGAACCUGGAUAGAGGAUGCACUGAAGAUCCACUGAAGAACAUCUCCGAGGCGUCUUCAAACAAACCGGACCACGAGCAGCUGCAGGACGACGUUCUUGUUUCCCCCAUCGUCGAAGCCCAACCUGGAGAGUCCGGGGCUCUGAUGGAGACCGCGCGUGAAGAUGAAGGUGUCCCGAUGCCGAAGUCGAGGAGAGCCAGCCUGAGAACCAAACGGUUCCAGUUCUUCAACGUCUGAAGCUGAGGUGGUGACGAUCCGGAGAUCAUCCAAUCACACGCCGACUUUUCCAACAUCAAAAUAACAAUAAAGUGCCUUCAUGAA